AUGUUUCCUCCCCAAUAUCCCUCUGCCCCUACGGGGCGAGCGUUAAUGCUACGCCCUAGCAAACGGCGCCAAAAACGGCGCCCGGAAAUAGAGAGACCCCAGCCUCAUUGGUUCACAUUUGGAUCUCUUAGAUCGUUCGGUAAACGUUUGUGGAACCCUCCUCCUCCUGCUAAAGAAGAGCGAUAUACUUGGCUUGUAAAGCCAAGGUUCACGGUGCAACUGGAAGACGUUAUUGCCGACAAACAUCUAUCUCCGCUCUCGCGACAUGAUUUUGAGGAGUAUCUUCGAUACUUUUAUGAAUGGGUUUACCGCUACCGUCAAAUCUACAACUACUGGGCCGAGUCUGUCCUUCCUACUGCUGGCAUCGACCUCCCUGGCUCGUCCAAAGGCGCUUACAGGCCGCGCGAACUCUGGGAGCGUUUAAAAAACUGUCAAGAUCCUGGGUUGAGACAAGAGUUCUCCCUGGCCAAAGAUAUGUUUUUUCGACCUGGGGCACCUUGGCGACUGGAUAUCUCAAAUGAAGAUGUCGAUCGUGUUUUACUCAUUCCCAACCUUCCGCCUCCGUAUGAUGAACAGGAGCAUACAAACAAGAUGCCUUCGUUUCCAAAUCAACCCGAGCCUGGUAUUUUCGACCCUAUUCUACGUCAUGUUCGUGACGCCCUCCAUACAUCAUUUGCUACCUUUCUCCGAAUGGCAUUCUGCAAUGCGGGCCUGAUGCACUAUGUACCUGGCGCAUGCGGCGGUUUUUUAACCCUUGCCGGAGGGAUUGUCAUGUGGACUAAAGGAAUGACUUCGUACCAGCGAGGCUAUGUCGCUGGAAGCUUGCCGCUUAUUUGGAUUGGGCUAUGGUUUAUGAUUGUGACGUUGAGUGGUGUGAGUUCGCUCAUAUACAACUUCCAUAGACUCGUCCUCGAACAAACCUUACACGAGACUUACAUUGGGUUUGAAUUUUCAGCAUUGUCUCACAGUUUAUGUGACAGGUGUGUAUCUCUCAUUAUCUUACAUCUGGAAAUUUUCGAAACAGUACGUAGGCGAUGCCCGCCAGCUAUAUCCUUGGGAAAUCAAGAGACCUCUGCCACCCGAUGUGGUACGUCCACUGUCUACUCCCUUGCGCCUGCACCUGCUCCCGGCCCGACCGAUGUUGAAUCCUCUUCAUAUUCAUGCCACCGACGCCGAUCAAAUGGCUCCAGUUUACUCCCCACUACCAGCACAGCAUUUUCGACUUCUGAAAAUACUUUUGGCUUUCACGCUCUUUUAGAGAGAAGACGGGGAGAAGGUGUACUGAAGAUGGUUGGAAGGCCGCUGUGCAACAGUAAGCCGACCGACCCGCGGGUCUUUGACCAGAAAACGACAACGGAUCUACCACCACCACGUCAAACCAAGGACCUACCCCGCAGCUCAUUUGCCAUGAGUGUGAAACAUGUAGAUGUCUUGCAAGUACAUCAACCUGCUACUAGCCCCUCGUCUAAGGGAUCGUCUUCCGAGCUGCCGCAACGGAGAAACGCAGUGGUAGACUUGUCGAUGGAACUGAUGGAGAUAGAAGAACGACCAGACAGCCCCUUUUCGGAGGAAAACGACUUCGGAAUCGUCGUGUCCGAUGCAUUUGGACGAGAAGUUCCAGAAGUGCAUCAUUUCUCCAGUACCUUUCAUCAAUAUCCGGCACUUGCCUUGAAUAACGAAGCUCAACCCAUAGCUCAGCCGCCUUAUGCCUCGACGUGGCUUCCACCUCUGGGGCAGGAUGUCGCUGUACCAUCCAUACAACUGCCCGAACAUGCCAUGCAACGUCGACGAACAAUGCCCGACGUAUUCGCAUGUGUCAACCCUUCCAUACGUCAUGAGAAUGAUGGGCUUACGAUCAAUUUGGUGACUGUCGAAACGCGGAGAGGAAGCAAAUCUUCCGAAGUCGAACAAGGGCCCGAACUUUACUACCCGUGGGCGCGGACGCUAUACGGCCCUAUGACACUCGUCCACUCUUCGCUGGUCAGACGGGCUCAUUGGGUGACAACUUGGAGAACGGCGGCUAUUGCGACUGCCGUGACAUUCGGUCUGACACUGGGGUUGAUUCGUUGA